AUGCGUAAUGGCUGGUAUAUUAAUGAACGUGAAGAGAAAUGCACGCAAUCAAUGAUAUUUCCAGAUGAUUACCCGGUGACGAGACUGAGAGGACAACCGAAAGGAAUCAAACGAAUACUUGAAGAACGUAAUCUGUGGCCAGCAAAAAAAAUUCGUUUAGUGUGUGAACGGUGCUCAGAAAAAAAUAACGAUAAUCCAGAAAUUUUGAAUUGCUGUGCAUGGCGAAUUAUGUCACAACAGCCUGAUUUUUGUGAACAGCGAUCGAUAUUAGAUAAGGCAGUUACUAAAGCGGGACAUAUUUUUGAACGUUAUCCCAAGUUCCAUUGCGAAUGCAAUUUCAUAGAGCGUUACUGGAGUUUUGCUAAACGAGAAACCAGAUGA